AUGGCUUAUAAGGAGUUGGCGAAAAAUAAGGAAAAUUUUGAGGUUGUACUCCUUUAUCUUUAUGACACUCUCGGUACUAUACAUAGUACAAAUGAAGAAUCAUUUUGGAAUGUAUUUAAAACUAUGCCUUGGUUAGCCCUUCCGUUUAAAGACCCAAAUCAUAAGAAGUUGAAACGGAUUUUCGGUUAUCCAAAUAGCUUACACGGGCCAGAACCAGUUCCUACACUCGUUAUUUUUGGGCCUCAUGGUAAAGUCGUUGAGCCCUGUGGCGCUGACAUCUUGAUGGAAUUCGGAAUUUCUGCAUACCCGUUCACUCGGAAUAGACUUACCAAGUUAGAGACUAAAAAGGUAAAGGAACUGAAGCUGGAGAUGCUCUUCGAUCCAAACACUUUUUUCAAAGUAAAAAGAGACAGGUCAAAGAUAAUGAAAUCGAAGCUGGAGAUGCUCGUGGAUCCAUUCAUGUUUGUCAUAGUAAAACAUGUGCCGGAGUUUCUUCCCAACUUUUAUCCGCUUCUCAAACUUACGAUUCCUGAUACAAAGGUUCCAUUCUCCCAGUUUGACGGGAAGAGACUAUUAAUAUAUUUUGAGAUGGGUAAGUAUUACAACCACUUAGAGAAACUACAGUUGAUGAAAGAUAUAUAUCUGCGAAACAAAGGUACAGAUGAUGAGUUUGAAGUGAUUCACAUCAAGAAAUCACCAUCCCGUAAUAAGCAUGUUAAAGAUAUGCCAUGGUUGGUGCAUUAUUAUGGUGAAGGUUAUUCACUUUCAAAGGAGUUGGAAAGUAGUAUUUUUUAUUUUAAUAAUCGUCAUUGUCGUCCGAUUGAACAAUGUUUACUUCUUGCUUUUGAACGAGAUGGAAGUAUCGUCAGGAAAACAUUCUAUCCUAGUUUUGAUAAUAAGGCAUUUCCUUUUUAUGCUGGUGGUUUGGAGAAGGAGUUCUUGGAGCAGUUGAAUCAUGCUUUUGGAUGGUACUACUGGGAGUAUGCUAGCCAGAAGCGGCAGAUAUACAAGAGGAGGCUUAAACUGGUAAAGAGUCCAACUGAUUGA